AUGUCAAGUGGUGGUUCCCACGGCCUUGAACUUGGACCCCCGGGUCUGACCAGCCCUCCGGAUCACCAUCAGCAAAACAAUACUCAAACAAUCCGGCCACCACCCUCAUGGAGUCCCUUCGAUUUUGAAAAAGUUGCCAACGCCUCUAAGGUUCCUCCUUUAGGACACACGGUUGCACCACUUUUCAAUGACUUGGAUGACCGGACUUCUAUAAUCGAGUCUUUCCGUACGUUCAUAGCCAGACUGAGAAUCUGUAUCUCCAAUAUGCGCUCUGUCUCUAAGAAAGAUGAUGCGGGUACACAGACAUUGUCAGCAGAAAACUCGGGCUUGAAUGAUAUGUCCAACCCCGGUCCAUUCGCACAGGGUCGUGUCCCCCUCUUGGUCGCAGGGGAUGGUCGAGAUAGUCGGAUAGAAACCUUACCAGCGUAUGAUCUGCGAGGGCGGGAGCCAUACUCGCUAGUCCCAAAAUUCUUAUCUGCGUGUAAUAACACGAUGGACAGAGUUUUGUAG